AUGGUCAGCUUUGUGACCUCCACAUCGCAUUGCGCUUGGACUCGAACAAAACGGCUGCCAACAACAAAGAUGUGUAGCACAUCUCCCCGGCGUGUGCCAUAGAUAACCAGGCUCUCGAGGCCAUCGAAAAUCUUAACAAUAAUGAUAUCGAAAAUGUGGCAGCGUUGACGGCUACCAACGGAGCUCCGACUUCCUCUGUCCCAUCAACAAGCCGUUCCAUUUCAGCAGAGCUCUAACGCUGAUUUUCAACUUUCAACGCACAUGGGGCAACCGCAACUAGAAAAUGAACUUCGACGAGUACUUUUACAAGUUUCAUGUCCCGAGGAAACAGGAGUGGGCGUCCCAGUAAAAUAAUCUUCCACAAAGACUUGGUGAUAAUUCCAAACCCUAAUAUAAAGGAAGUACCAAGCCACGUCAAAAAAGUGAAGUUAAAGGAGAGGGGCCAGAUUAUCUACCAGUUUCCCAUCAAUAAAGAGUGGACUUAACUAGACUUAAAAAGAAACGUUGAAAGUCAACUUCUAAGAGAGGAUAUUAUGUGUGAAUAUCUCAAGUUAACUUAUUUAUGGUUCCUCCUGCUCGAUAAGAGGAAUAACUAAUAGUAAAAAUUACAUUAAUUUUGAAAGUUCAUGUACAUUCCGUAGUGUAAGGCAAAAACUCCAAAAGAACUCGUAGAUAAAGUCUAGUUUUUGUAACUAACUAAGUGGUGCAUUCUUUGGGAGUUGUUGAUGAGACCUGCUUCAUUUUUGUGAUUGUAACUUUAUUCUUUAUAAGCUUGUUAUGGAAUUUUAGUAGCUCCUAAACCAGCAAAAGGAGUUAGAAUGGAUGGCAGAAUAAUAAAGCUCUCAGGUCAAGCGAGUGUGUACAUUAGAUGUCUAGAGCCCUUUGAAGAGGAAGAUAGGGAUGAAGAUGAUGAAGAGCUUAUGAUACCAUCCUUUGGUCAAUACACUGGUGACCUCUCAGAGACCCCUGGUAAUGCAAUUUCCUCGUCAUUGCAGUAUCAAAACAGUGAGGCUGUAUCCACAGACCCAGGGGAGCUAUUUAUCUUUGGAGAUCCAAUGCCCUUCUUGUCAGGAAUUGGGAACAAUCGGUCAAUUAACAAUUUGGAAGCUGUAGUUAAUAUUAAUGAAAUAUCUCCACCAACUUCAUUAUCAAAUAAUGGUGAAGCGCUUUCUAAAGUCAUUAGAAUUCACAGGUCACUUGUGAGGGCUGAUAUGCUUGAGAUUUUCCUGAUCCUUCCAUUUUGAAGUCUAGUUUAAAUGCCAUCAUUAUACAUCAGCUCGGCCAUGAAGAGGCUGGACAGGGAAAUGGGGUCUCGAGAGAAGUUUUUUCCUUGUUCUGAAAAAAAUUCAAUGAAUCACACAUGUUGGGGGACAGUGAAGAGACUCUUAUAUUAGAAAUAACUUUGACUGCAAUGUGUGGGAAGCAGUGGGGAGGAUACUUGUGAAGGGAUACACAGGGAGUCUGUAUUUUCCUCUUAAAAUAAGCCUUUUUUGUUGGUUGUCUUUUUGGGGAGGGAAGCAUUACCCGUAAAAUGUUGCAAGAUUCCUUCAAGGGUUAUGUUUUUCCAUCCGAAGCUAGUAUUAUAGAAGGCUGCUUGGCUGACCGUAUUACAUGCGACAAUGACGAGAUGCUUGACUUUUUGUUAGCAUUUGACUGUAAGAGAAAAGUCACACAGCAAUUUAGUAGAAGUCAUAGGACAAAUUGCUUACAAAGAGAUAGUAUAAAAAACCCCAAUAUGAGAGUGACUGCUGGCAGCCAAUUCUUGCUCACCUUAAGAUUUCUUUCCCAGAUGUAGAAUCAUUACAUCAAUUAUAUUCUUUCACACCAGGUAAUGUUAAAGUUUUUGGCCAACUUCAAAGCAGUCCGGCUACAGCAGCUGAGACGGAAACACUGGCCCACCUGAAGAGACUUAUUAGGGGGCUUGACGAAGCUAAGCUUACUCAAUUCUUGUGAUUCGCAACUGCAUCUAACUUUCUUGUCACUGACAGGUUGACAAUAUCAUUCACAAACAGUGAAGGUCUACCAAGAAGACCUAUUGCCCACACCUGUAGCUACACUUUAGAGGUGCCCAGCACAUAUGCUAGCUUAUGUGAGGUCAGAGAAGAAUUCAUGGCUAUUUUGAAUUCAGAUAGUUGGGAGAUGAAUAUUGUAUGA